UUGUGAUUGUAGACAAAAUCAGAGAUCAGGAAUGAGUUAUUGGGAGCACUCUCUGGGACAAUCAUUGGCGAGGAAGAUCAUCCAGUGGCUCGAUUGAGUUACAGGAAAGGAGAAAAGGGGAACAGAGAUGAAAGCUCAGCUGGACAACAUGACCAAGGGGAAUGGAACAGCUUUGAGUCAUCGGUAGGUGAAAUUGCAAGUGUGACACGGUAUGAUAAGGUGAGAGAAGGCUCUCAACCUGUUGGAAGUGUGCAAACUGUUGAGGACAAGGUGUUGGUGAGUGGUAGCUACCUUCAUGUUUUUUGUCUACUUUCUGUAGGUACGUAGCAUGCAUUUUCUCAUCACGUUAUGACAGUUAGUUAUGAUUAUUAAUGAAAUAAUUAUGGUUAGUGGUGAACAUUCAUUUGGAAUUUUGUCAAUUUGAAACGUGGAAUGGAAGGGAAGUGAAAAUUAAUAGUUUAGUUUCCAGAUGACUGCCUAGGUGAUUGUUCUGUGUGAUUGAAUACUACACUGCAUUUUUAAAAAAGUUUGGUUGUGACACAUGCAUUUGCAGCUACCUUGUUUACAUAGCUUUGAACUGAACAAAUCCAGUGAGUACAGGUUUUAUCCUCUUUAACUGUGUGCAGUUGGAGCAUUCAACUCUUAACCCCGGCAAUGACAUGUCUGAUCAGUUUGAUUUGGCCAGAAGAAAGAGGUAUUUGGACAGGAGAUUUCAACCAGUUGGAAGACAUGGCAGACUACCACGAGGUUUCGUUAAUCAUAGGAAAUGGUCAUUAGACACUGAAAUAAGUGAAGGGAAGCCUUGCUUGGAACAGCCAAGUGAUGCUAAAUGGAGUCAUGACGUAGACAUAACACUGCCAGGAAGUAUUUUUGCUGAAAACUCUACAUUGGCCAACACUGAAUCUGUUGAGAAUGAACAUUUGCAGCUUUAUGGAAAGAUUUCAGACAUACAACCUCGACCAGUUGGACGACGUGGUACUAGAACUCGGCAUGCACAGGGCCUUCACUCAACAGGAUCACAUCGUAACAUUCGAUGUAGUUUUUCUUUGUCAAGUGUUGCUGGACUAAGGAGUGCAAAAGAAGAAUACUGUGAUUAUGCAAAGGUUUGUGAUUAG